AUGAGUGAUUUUCAACCUGCUCAAGCCGACUGCUCGGACAUGUUCGACAUGGUACCUAGGUAUGAUGCGCGAAGUCUCAAAUCCACGGCCCUGCAGCUCCUUGAACUUCUCUCGUUCAUGAGCACGGGACUCCCAGAAGACAUUAUAAAAGCGCUCGCCCCCGAACUGUUGUCCGCAGACUCACCCUUUGACGAGGCCGCCUAUGUCGAGGGUCGCGAUGCGCUGUUGGAGCAGCCGCUUAUUGUCCUAGAAGGGGACAAGCAAAAGCUCGUCAUAAUUGACACAAUUCAAAAUCAAGUCUUUGCGACGUUAAACGAUGAUAAGAGGAAGUGUUUCUUUGAAGGCAUCACACGCAAAAUUUGGGCCGAGUGGCCGGCGGCGCUGCCCAGACCAUCCAAGGAGCCGCUGCUGCCGGAGCCCAAGAAUCGUGCACAGAGGCUCCUAGUGAGCCGGUGGCCCGAGUGUGAAGACCUUCAUCACACUAUUGCUAGACUUGAAAAGCUCUAUCCUGCCAUUUUAGAGUUGCUGUCCGAUGAGUCUAGAUUGCUCUUUAGCAAGUUGACGAUUGAAGGAGCAUGGUUCAAGAUCGAGCGCGGAUAUCGAUCUCAGACAAUUCCGAGUCUUUUUACGGCAGCACAAAUAUCUCGCCAGAUCGACCAUGAGGAUACAGACGCCGUACUCGCCGACAUCCACUUUUGCUUCGGCGUCGUCGCCAUGGAAUCUAACGACUUUGCAGCUAGUCGUACGCACAAGGAAAAGUCCUUUGCCAUAGUCUCCCAAAUCUGCGAAGAUCUCGGCAUUCAAGACGAGCGCCUCUCCGUCGCCCACGGCGAGCGUGGCAUCGCGCACAUCCAGGACGGCCGGCUCGACGAGGGCAUCGCCGACAUUGCCGCAUCGAUACGCAUCAUGAAGGAGCUCGACGCCGAGUACGUGCCGCACUCGCGCGAAGCCAACAUGGCGUGGGCGCUCUUGUUGCAGGGCAAGCUCGACGACGCGGACGCGCUGCUCGCGGAGAGCCUCACGACCCGGCAAGCGGCGCUGGGUGAGGAUGACGGAGAGAGCGCUAGGACGGGCUUGCUCCUGAACGUCACCGCGGCGCUGCGGGCUAUGCAAGGUGAUGCGGACGAGAGCUGCAAGUACCACGAGCGCGCAUGGAAGCACCUCCGCAAGACGCUCGGCAAGCGGGACUCGUGCACGGCGCGCGUGGCGCACAACUUUGCCGAGCACCUCCUCCGCGAGGGACGUGUUGAAGACGCAGUAUUCAUCAGUAAUGAAGCACUGAUUGCUUGGAGCGUCGAUGUGCUCGCGAACAAGAACGAGGAGGCGCGCACUAUUUAUUUGAAGAGUCGUGCGUUUGCGGGUAUGGGUAAGUCGGAAACGGCGAGGAGGCUGCGCAAUCACUCGAUAGCGCUGUAUAAUGAAGUUACCAAGGAGGACAAAAACGUGGACACCAUAUCUGCGGAGGACUUUGAUCGCCUUGUACCAUUUUGGUCUCGCUAG